GUUGAUUUACCAGUUUAGCUACAUAGCUAUCAUGUUUGUAACCUGUGUAUUUUAUGUCCAAACAAAGCCUAAAUUUUUUUUUUUUUGCCAAAUAGUUGUCACACAAGGAUCACGUAACUAAGUUAACGUAGACUAACUAGCUAGCUAUGGAUUUGUCCGUUUUUGUGCGCCAGAGUUAGCCAUCGUACAGUAAUACACCUAACGAGUCAAACGCUGUGUUGGCUGGUUAACGCACGUAGCAGUAAAUGUUCCGAAAAGAUUCAGUUUAAAAAUGUUUCUCGUGUUGUCUUUCUGAUUGUUUCAAAGAAUAUUGCGCGUGUUUAGACAAUGUGGAAUCACACCGGGAGCAGGAGUUCUGCACUGGAGAGGGCGCAGGCGCAGCUCUCAGGGCGGAGAUUUUUUAACAAGUCGGACAACAGUCCAGCAGAUGAGCUUCAGGAAUACAUGGAUGCGCUGAUCAAGAAGAAAACUGCGCUACAAGUGAGACGCACGUAUGAUGAUCUGAGUGACAUCUCCUCAGAUGACAGAGAGAGUGAGCAUAAUAAUCCUGUGACUGGCAUUGCUGAGAAAAGACUGCUGGACAGUCCGACGGUAAGGCCAAGGGGUGGCCAGGGGAGCAGGUUUCUCAAGAAAGUACCACCGAAAGCUGUGACCAGUAGCCAGUCACCAGCACUCAGCAGGGCAGGCGCGCAGAAGGAGGAGCCCAGAAGCGUGGCCUCCUCUCGGCAGGGCUCACAGAGCGCAGCCCUGACCAGACUGGCACUCAUCGAAGACCGCUUCAAAAACCGCUUUCAGGCGAGGGAAGGCCCGGUCACAGAUGCGCCGGACCGUGAGGACACGCCCCUGACUGCUCAGUCUCACGGCGAGCUGAGCGUUCAGGGAAGCCGUUUCCUCAAGAAGAAGAGCGCUUCUGUUACUCGGCGGCAGGAUCCGGAGCCAGUUAAGGCUAGCAGGGCCAGCGCUCCUCAGCUGAGCUUUUCUGCUAAGGGUGUGAGCCUGGACAGCGACGAGGAGGAUAUGAAGAAGCUCCUCGGAGGCCCCCUUGAUUCAUCUGAUGAAAGCUUGCCAAAAAAAUAUGAACUCCCUGUUCAGGAGACCCCCCCUCCUGUUAAAAAGUCAUACAUAAAAAGCAGUCAGACGUUCACUCCGGAACACCCCCCCUUCGCUGACAGAAACCCUCCAUCUAGAACAAAAUCGCCAUCGCCCACCCCUCCCAGCCGGGGGUCACCCAGGCGUAGUGGCAUCCGGAGGAGCCCCUCUUACUCUUUGAGAAACGCCUCCAUGGUUCUCUCUCCUACCCCUUCGCCUCCAAACAUCCCCUCUCUCGGAAGGACUGUGUCCCCCAGGGUCAAGUUCCUGAGGCCCUCCCUGUCUUCUGUUUCGGUGCACAGUGAAAUCCAUUCAUUGGACGAGCUGUUCCCAGAUGCCCCACCCUCUGAUGACACAAUCAGUGAGCAAAGUGAGACAUCUGAGUUCAAGAUUAACAUUAUGAGUUUGGAUGAACUUGUUCCAGACACCUUAGGAGCAGUUAAGAAACCAGUAGAAAAGAAAAAAACUAAGGAAGAUUCGGUCAAGAAGACAGAAUCCCCUUCGCUCAGCUUAAACGUGGUGCUUGCUGAUGACGUCUUGAGCGAGGAAGAGAUCCAGCCCGCUGAAGACAAAAUGGAAUACGAGAGCGACUUUGAGAGUGAGAUACAGACCGAGGACCACAGUGUGAGCGAGAUCUCCGAGCACCUUGGACGCGGGGAUAAGGACACGUCCACAGCCUCUGAGGUGUGGGAUGGGUCCAGGAGAGCUGGCGAAUCCGAAAAAUCAGUAUCGUACUCCUCCCGGUCAGAGUUCAACAGAUCAGAUGGGUCACAAAGCGGCAGCAGAAGGGGUUCGUAUUUGCGAUCAUCCGCCUCUGCCUCCCUCUCUGACACCAUCACACCGCCCCACGAGCGACGCAAAGCCCGUCAGACAGCGCAAGAGGCUGGAGUACAGACGCAGAUGGACGGGCUCUCCUACACCUGGGCUUCAGGUUGGGCUGCUUUGGGUCCCUCAGUCGGAAUGUCUCACGUGGACCCCACUCCAAUCGCAAGUCACAUCGUCAGCGCCGAGGCAGUGGAAGCCCUGACGGCAUACAGUCCUGCAGUGCUGGCGCUCAACGACAUGCUGAGACAGCAGCUGGCCCUGACCCGGCAGAUUGUGGAAGUCAACAGGCACCUUCACUCUUCACUGCUCGAGUCCCUGGGCCCCGCUAACUACAGCUACACAACCCUGGAGGAUACGAAGGAGUUUAUACGUCGCCACAAGUCUCCCAAAUUGACAGUGGAGGAGGCUCUGGAGGAGGUGCUUCAGGAGAUGAGGGAGUACCACUAUAUCUGACCCGGAGCAGCAGAAACACUGAGAAAGAUGGAAGAGUGGGACAAGCAUACUGUACCUGCUCAAGUGAGAGGGAUAGUUCAGCCUAAAAAUGGCCGUUGUCCAUAAAUUCUUUUCACCUCAAGAAAUGUCAGAGAUCCCUCAAGAGUGGUAAUUGUCAGGUCAAAAGACAUUUCAGAACAGAAGUAAUUCCAUUUACUUUUUGGGGAAAUUAUCCCCAAAAGGUAAA